GGCUGCACGGCAACUCGUUGUUUUGGUCGUUCCAAAUCCAGAAAUCGUUUUUAAAAUCGUUCUUUGGAUUUUUGGGAACGAUGGAUAUCGUUAAGGAGGUGCUGGAAAAGCAGCAGAAAGAUCUGCAAAAGUACAAACCCAUCACGGUAGAGAAACCGCUGGAACCGACCGUCGAUAUCGGCCACUUGUUGGUUAGCGAUCCGAACUACUUCGAUGAAGACAAACUGAAAGAGAACCGUGAGCAGUACGUGCUGGAUGUGACACGCGACAACGUGCAGUUACUGAUCAACAGCGUUUGGGAGCUUCCGACGGAGCGUGUUGAGGAAUCGAUCGUUGCCAAGCUACCUGCCCCGCGUACCGUGCUACCGCGUGCCCGUAAUCUGCCCGUCCCGAAACCGUUGACCAAGUGGCAAGAGUUUGCACAGGCCAAGGGUAUCAAGAAGCGAACACGGGACAAGAAGGUGUACGAUGAGGUACUGGAGAAGUGGGUCCCGACGUACGGCUAUCAGCGAUUCAAGGCCGAAAAGGAGCGCGAUUGGGUGUUGGAUGUACCACAGAAUGACCCGUACCGGGAUAUGUUCAAAGAGAAGCGUGAUCUGCGCAUCGAACGGGUGGCAAAGAAUGAGGUAGCACGUAUGAAGAAUAUAGCCCGGGCGAAGAAGAUCGCUACACCGCGUACCGGAUUCGUUGGGCCAGAUUCGGCCUCUGCUAAACAGCUCAUUACGGCAUCAAACGUCGUGAAAGCAUCGACCGCUUCAGUCGGUGUAUUCCAGGAGUCGCUGCCCAACGAGAAACAGGCACGCGGUAUCGGCGUGAAGGAACUGAUUCCGGGCGAAAAGUGCAAAAAGAAGGCUUCCACAUUGACCGGUGAGAAGCGACGCAACAUAGAGAUCGUCAACAAAGUGCUGAACAAGAAGCCGAAGAUCGACAUCGACCGGGCGAUUUCACUGCAGAAGGCGGAAGCACGUGCUGCACGUGAAGCGGCCGACGAUGACGGAGAUGAUGGUGAGCGGCGAAAGAAGGGUGGCAAAAAAUCCAAAGGAUUCAGCCGAAAGAAGCCGAAAGGUGGCCAAGGUAAACGGAAUCACAGUAAGCGAAGCGUUGGGCGUAAACGUCGCUAGAAACGCAGGAUAGAACGGUUGCAUUCUGGUAACCGAACCUUCUCCCAAUUAGAUUUAUUGAACACAUUGCUAUUGCAUAUAUAGAUGCAGAUAUCCGUGAAAGAAAAGAAAAACAACAUUUCAAUACCUUAUUAAAGUCACACGAACGUAUGUGGAACACGCAA